UGAUUUUAAAUAAUUUAGACACAGUUGCGUGUACUUCAACAUAUUUACUACUGUGAAAUUAUUUUUAGGUUAGAAUGUGGAAUACUGCCUUGUUAACUGACCACAGAGUGAAUCUGGAGAAAUAAUUUACAACGAUGGAUAAAUUAAAUUCACCAUCAAAAAAGGUUAUACAUCAAGCUAUUAUGGAAAUUAAAGAGCCAGUAGUAUUUCAACAAAUGUUGCAAAAUGAGAAAGGUGAAUAUUAUUGGAAAUUAUUAGAAUGGAAUUUAUCAGAACUUGCUGAAAGAUUCGGCGAUAUUAAAUUACCAUUUCGAAUUGGUUAUAAUGCUGGAACUAUGAGUCCACAAUGGGAGGUGAAUUGUUCAAUAGUUUCAAUGACACUAUUAGACUUUAUUCAAAACAUGAACUUCCAUGAAGAUAGUAAAGAAUGGUAUUACUUUGAUUAUAAGUAUAUGCAAGAGUGGUUCAAAGAUAAAUCAGAAAUAAUAAAUUCAAUAAAUUGGGAAAGGUUUAAUAUUGAUAAAACUGGUAAUGAUUCUACUCUUUGGAUUGGAAGCAAAGGAGCUCACACAAAUUGUCAUCAGGAUUCUUAUGGUUGUAAUUUAGUUGCCCAAAUUCAUGGAAGGAAACAGUGGUUAUUGUUUCCUCCAAGUUCAAGUAAUUUUCUCCAGCCAACAAGAAUUCCUUAUGAAGAAUCUACAAUAUAUAGUAAAUAUAAUUUUUUCUGUCCUACUAAAGAAGAUGAAAUUAAUAUAUUAAAGAUAGAAGACACAGCAAGAUUAAUAACUUUAGAACCAGGAGAUGUAUUACUUGUUCCUCCUGGUUGGUGGCAUUAUGUUGAAUCAUUAGAAUUAACUGUUAGUGUUAAUAUAUGGCUACCAAUAAUAACAGAUAAUAUAUCAAGAGUUAAGGAAGCCAUUGUUAAAUUAAUAGUGGCUAGAAUUGGAAAGGAUGUCAGUAAUGUACCUGAUGAAUCUGAUUGUAUAAACUUGCUAAAUAUUGCUGUUGAAGAAUGCAAAACUGUGGCAAAUGUAGACUUAUCUGCUAAAAGAAAAAAACGUACUGUAUGGACUGCUAAAGAUUUAGCAACAGAGUAUCCAGCUUAUGUAAAGUUACUUCAUGAACUUAGUAGAACAAAAUUAGAAGAAUUUGUGAAAAUGAAGAGGGACAGAUUUUCUGAAAACUAUAUUGAUUUGUUAAAAGACAAUUCUGAAACUGAUAGUGAUGCAAAGAAUGCUUAUCCUUUUAUUCAACAUACGACUGAAAAUAUUGUUAAUGCACUUUGCCAUCCUGACGUUGUUAAUAAAGUCACAGAAUUACUUUUAUCUUAAUAUAUGUUGUAUAAUUUUUAAUAUAUAUUUUAAUAAAUUUAUUAAUAUAUUUA